AUGAUACCGGGCAGGCUCUUCUCGGCAAGACAGCCGACUACACUGCAGGUUCUGGGGCGCUGGGCCCUGUCCAGCCAGGCCAUCCUGCAGACCAGCCAGCUCCUUCCCCUGGAGCCUGCUUCUCGGCUCUUCUGCAUUAGCUGUGCCAGCUCUGCCAAGCACCAGGAGUCCCCACAGAAGAAACCGCUUUCUGAAAAAAAACUGAAAAGGUACUUUGUGGAUCACCGGAGAGUGCUCGUCCGAGGGGGAGACGGAGGCAGUGGGAUGAGCUGUUUCUUCAGCGAGCCCCGGAAGGAGUUCGGAGGCCCCAGUGGUGGUGAUGGAGGCAGUGGCGGCCACGUCAUUCUGAGAGUUGACAGGCAGCUCAAGUCUCUGUCUGCGGUACUGUCUCGCUACCAGGGUUUCCACGGCGAGGAUGGCGGCAGGAAGAACUGCUUUGGACGGAAUGGGGGUCCCCUCUACAUCCGGGUUCCCCUGGGCACUUUGGUCAAGGAGGGAGAGGACACCGUGGCUGACCUCUCGGGCCCAGACGACGAGUUUAUCGCCGCCCUUGGGGGUGCAGGAGGGAAAGGCAACCGCUUUUUCCUGGCCAAUGACAACCGUGCCCCCAUGACCUGCACCCCGGGGCAGGCUGGACAGGAGCGCGUCCUAUUCUUGGAGCUCAAGACGGUGGCCCAUGCAGGGAUGGUCGGUUUUCCCAACGCAGGCAAGUCUUCGUUGCUCCGCGCCAUCUCCAACGCGAGACCAGCUGUGGCUGCCUACCCGUUUACCACCCUGAAGCCCCACGUUGGUGUCGUGCACUACGAAGACCACCAGCAAGUGACAGUGGCCGACAUCCCCGGCAUCAUCAGGGGCGCGCACCAGAACCGAGGCUUGGGGCUGGCCUUCCUCCGCCACAUCGAGCGUUGCCACUUCUUGCUGUUCGUGCUCGACCUCUCAGUGCCCGAGCCGUGGGUGCAGUUCCAGGAUCUGAAGACUGAGCUGGACAAGUACGAAGCAGGCCUGUCCCAGAGGCCCCACGUCAUCGUUGCCAACAAGAUUGACCUCCUUGAGGCCAGAGCCCGCCUGCCUGAGCUCCAGGCACGCCUGGGCCAGCCGCUCACCCCGCUGUCCGCUGUCACCGGCGAGAACCUGGAGGCACUGCUGCUACGCCUGAAGGAACUGCACGACUGCACGACGGCUGGGCGGAGGCAGAGUGGGCCUGUGGGCCACAGCACCGAACCGUACACCACUGCCCUCUGGCCCAGGGCCCCUCCAGAGCUGAACAUUCCAGACCACCUGACACAGGUCUGCUCCCAGAAGCCCACACCCACCACCCUGGCUGGCUCCUUUGCUGAGGAGCUCCGGGAGCAGCGGUUUCCAGAGAUUGAAGGCAAAAUUGCUUGA